AACAUGGCGGCCCUCACUGGUUGGAUGGCAAGCUAACAGAGCUGCUGUGUGUUUUAAAGAGUUUCUGGAGACUUUCAUCGAUCCUCAGCGCUUAGGUCAUUUCUGUUAGCUUUUUUCGGGUUCGUGUUUUUAUUUUCCUGGAAGUUUCAUCUGGAAGUUCGGAGAUAUUUCAACAUCAGAAUGCAGACCUUAAAGGUCGGCAGGUUAGCUUCGGCAUCAUUCCAAGCUCUCGGAUCGGGCAGGCUAUUCGUCCUGCCGCCUUUAAGCCGUCAUUUCUCUGUGAGACAGACUCUCUUCGGUCAGCCCGGGCCGAACCCAGAGGACACUCCGGUUAUCCGCGUCCCUCGCUACUUGCUGAAGCGCGUGGAAAACGUGAAACAAGCUCGAGGAAAACCGAAGAUCAGCACCGUGAAAGCGGGCAAACUGCUGAUCCAGAGCAGGAAUCCUUCCCUAAACCAGUCUGCGGGGUACGCCGUGGGGAAGUUCGAGCAGCCCGUCCUCUGCUCAAAGGGAUGGAAACACAACAAGUCCUUUGGUGACUACUUCACCAUCAACAGCACCAAGGAAGUGGCUCCUUUUAUUGCAGGCGCUCAGAAGGACACUGAACACGCUCCAUCCCCAACAUUUAAGGACCUUCACAUCUCCAAGGAGCUGGUGGAAACUUUGGAGAGAAACGGGAUUACGCACCCCACUGUAGUUCAGCUGCAGACCAUCCCAAAGGUCAUGAGAGGUCACAACAUUCUGUGUGCUGCAGAGACGGGCAGUGGGAAGACCUUCAGCUACCUGCUGCCUGUCAUCCACAGGCUGCAGGCCGAUGUCCAAUCAGAGAGCAACAUCACCCGAGCUUUGGUCCUGGUUCCCUCCAGGGAGCUGGCCGAGCAGGUGGCGGCUGUGUCCAGGACUCUGUGCGCUCCGUUUGGUUUAUGUACACGGACUGUGGGUGGUGGGAGAGGCGUGGGUCACAUUAAGAUGGUCUUUAAAAAUAAUCCUCCAGAUAUCUUAGUGGCCACGCCAGGCGCCCUUGUCAAAGCCUUGCGUAGAAACUGCUUGGAUUUAAGCGAGCUGACCUUCUUUGUGGUAGACGAGGCCGACACCAUGUUUGACCCCAGCUUCUGUGAAUUACUGGAGGAGAUUUUAACUCAGGCAAACAUUGCGAGCGAUCCCAGGGAGACACGGGGCCUGGGUCAUAAAGCCCAGCUGCUCCUGAUUGGGGCGACCUUCCCUGAUGGCGUUGGAGAAGUUCUUAGCAAGGUGACAGACCUGGGCAGAAUUGUUACAAUUAAGAGCAAGAUGCUGCACUGUCUCAUGCCACAUGUCAAGCAGACGUUCCUGAAGGUAAAGGGUGCUGAUAAAGUCCUGGAGCUCUACCAAGCUCUGAAAAAGCUCCAGCAUGAAAGAGGAGGAGGAGCUGCUGUAGUGUUCUGCAACAAGUCUUCCACCGUCAACUGGCUGGGCUAUUCUCUGGAAGAGAUGGGGGUCCAGCACGCUCGUCUGCAGGGGGAGAUGCCCGCUGAGGUGAGGGCGGGUAUCUUCCGGUCCUUCCAGAAGGGCACCGCGAAUGUGCUAAUAUGCACGGACAUAGCUUCACGUGGCCUGGACACCUCCAAGGUGCGCUUGGUCGUCAACUAUGACUGCCCAGAAUCCCACACUGACUACAUCCACCGAGCAGGGAGGGUGGGGAGAGCUGGGGGGGUGGAGGACGGGGAGGUGCUCAGCUUUGUCACUCACCCUUGGGAUGUGGAGCUGGUGCAGAACAUUGAGACAGCAGCUCGCAGGAGGACCAGUUUGCCAGGGAUGAAGUCUGAAAUCCAAGAACCAAAAGCUAAAGUAUUAAACGUGGAAUAAAUAACUUCUGUUAGUAGUUAUUUAAUGAUUGUAAUGUAAAGUGGGUCGAAAUAAGAAAGAUUAAAGUGGGUUCCGAAGGUAUUGAGACCCCCUUUUGCAUUCUUUGUUUCAUUGCAUCCAUUUGCUAAAAAUGAAGGAAGCCCAUUUUGUUUUGCUUUGAUAUUCAGUCAGCAGCACAUCCUGAGAGAAAAUAAUUCCAGGAAUAUAGAAAAUUCAUCAAAUUUGUUAAUACAAAAAAAUCUGAAAUCUCACAUGGUCACAAGUAUUCAGACCCUUUGCUCAGUAUUGAGCACAGUGACUGAAUGUUGGUAAUAGGCCAUUUUCAUGUUUCCUCAUUAGAACAGAAAAUUAUUUCUCAUAGUCUGGGCUCCUUUAUUUAUUUUUAUUUAUUUAUUUUUUGUAGAACCAUCUAUAAGGAGGGUCAUGAAGCAUGUGAGUGUUACAAUAAAGAGUCUGGACACUUAU